AUGGGGAAGAAGAAAAAGUUCGCCGCGGACCGCCCGUGGUGCUUCUACUGCGACCGCGAGUUCGAGGACGAGAAGAUCCUGCAGAACCACCAGCGCGCGAAGCACUUCAAGUGCCUCCACCCCGGCUGCAACCGCAAGCUCGUCACCGCGAACGGGAUGGCGAUUCACAUGCUCACCGUG